AUGGCCGCUGAUCCAAGGAACACCCUAGAGUUUGCGCUCAAAAUUCGUUGCGCCAAUAAUCGCGAUGCUCCGAAAAACUGUGUUGAGCUUGAAACGCUUUACGAAAACAGCAAAGUGUACAGCAAGGACCUUCAGUGGAUUCCGUUAGGUGAUCAGAAGCAGUGGUUUAGCGAAGACGAUCGCCCGCGCGCCGUCAGCGCGGAUAUCUUGCUUGCGCAACUUCGUCCCCAUCAGGAAAUCGAAUGCCGAUGUCACUGUGUGAAGGGCAUCGGCCGCGAUCAUGCGAAAUUUUCGCCCGUAGCGGUGGCUUCGUAUCGGUUGAUGCCGGAAAUUACCUUGAAACGAAAUCAUUUCUCCGUCGACGACGCGCUUCUGUUGCAGUCAUGUUUUUCGAAGGGGGUACUUCAGGUUCACAACCACGGAGACUAUGCUGAGGUGGAAGUCAAAAAUCCCAGAGCAGAUAUGUGCAGCCGAAACGUCUUUCGGUACCCGAAACUUGCCAGUGAGGUAUUACUGACAAAGAAGAAGCGUCAUUUCAUAUUUACCGUUGAAAGUACCGGCGCUCUUACAUCGGCAGAGUUGGUCAUCGAAGCUUGCAGAAUCAUGCAGCAGAAAUGCAAGGUAGUUCUAGCGGCAAUGGAUCUUGUCGCUUAA